AUGAAGGUCUUCGCUAUUAUUUCAGCCCUCGCAGCGGCCACCCUGGUCUCUGCAGGCAAGUUCCACAUCCCCAAGGGCGCCAAGUACGACCUCCAACCCAACGGCUACAUCAUCCAAUACCAGGACAGCGUCUCCCGUUCCAACGCCCACUCCAACCUCAAGAAGCAUGCCAUCGACUACAAGGUCCGUAACGAGUACGAUGUCUUCAACGGUGCUGCCAUCACCGUCACGUCUGACCAUGACGGUGAUGCACUUGCUGCCGUCCCCGGUGUCAAGCACGUCUGGCGCAUCCAGCGUUACUCUGUCCCCAAGACCACUAGUAACAGUGGAAAGGUUGAUGAGGCCAACUCUGUCCACCAUAUGACCGGUGUUGAUGCCGCCCACAAGAAGCUCAAGUUGACCGGAAAGGGUGUCAAGGUCGGAAUCAUUGAUACUGGUAUCGACUACAAGCACCCCGCCUUCGCUGCCGCCGGUGCCACUGAGGGAUGCUUCGCUCGCUAUGGCAAGAGCUGCCGAGUUAAGCAUGGUUGGGACUUUGUCGGUGAUGCCUAUAACGGUGACACUGUGCCUGUUCCUGACUCUGACCCUAUGGAUUGCCAGGGUCACGGUACCCACGUCGCUGGUAUUGUUGGUGGUAACGCCUCUAACAUCAAGGUCGGCCCUAAACCUGUUGUUCCCUGGGUUGGUGUCGCUCCUGAUGUUACUUUUGGCGCCUACCGUAUCUUUGGAUGCUCGGGUUACACUAACACCGAUGUCAUCCUCGCUGCUAUGGAGAUGGCCUUCAACGACGGCAUGGAUAUCAUCAACAUGUCCUUGGGUGGUGGAUCUGCAUACAAGGAGAACCCCACCGCGGUCCUCGCCGACAAGCUCGUUUCCUUCGGCAUGAACGUCGCCGGUGCUGCCGGAAACGACGGUACCGAGGGUGUUUGGAUGGUCUCCGACACUGGUCUCGGUGAGACCUCCACUUCGGUCGCUUCCUUCGAUAAUGCCUACGGUGCCUACUACACCGUUUCUUAUGCCGGUGGCAAGUACCCCUACAACUUCGCAUCUGCCUGGGGUAAGGCCAUUAGCCUCCCUGCCUCGGCCACCUUGUUCCCCCUCUUCGACAAGGCUGGCGUCCUUCAGGAUGGAUGUGACGCAAACGCCUACAAGGGCCUCGAUGUCAAGGGCAAGGUCGUCCUCGUCCUUGGUGACUACUCUCGCUGCGGCUCCGUUGCACGUGGUGAGGUUGCCAAGACUGUCGGUGUUGCUGGUCUCCUUGCUGCCUCCACUCCCUUCGGCAUGACCAACUUGGCUGGUGCUCCUGGUUUGCCCAUGGCCUCGAUCGAAAACCGUGCUGGCGAGGCUCUCCUUGCUGCCUACAAGAAGAACCCUAAGAACGUCCUUACCUGGGCCAAGGAUCCCUCGAGCGUCAAGGUUGAAGGUGGUGGAGCCCCCGCCGAUAUGUCUUCCUAUGGUCUUGAUGGUGAUCUCCGCUCUAAACCCGAUAUUGGAGCCCCCGGUGGAAACAUCUACUCUUCCUACCCUCGUGCCAAGGGUUCGUACGCCCUCUUGUCGGGUACCUCCAUGGCCACCCCUUACUACGUCGGAUCCCAGGCUUUGUACUAUGAGAAGACCAAGUCCAAGCCCAACGGUGUCGACAUCCGCCGUGUCUUCAAGAACACUGCUACUAUCUCCAAGGACUGGGGCUCCAAGACCUACGUCUCUGCUGCCAAGCAGGGUGCCGGUUUGAUCAAUGUCUGGAACGCCUUGACCACCACCACCCGCCUCUCUCCUGACCGCCUUGACCUCCUCGACUCUGACAACUUCCAAGGAGUCCAGAAGAUCACCAUUAAGAACAUUGGCAAGAAGACCGAGACCUACACCUUGUCCCACGUUCCCGCCGAUGCUCUGAACUCUUACUCCAAGGGCAACUCGUGGCCCCACGCCAAGCCCAUCAUCGAGGCCGACCAUGCUACCGUCAAGUUCUCUGCCAACAAGGUCAAGAUCCCUGCUGGCAAGUCUGUCAAGGUCACCAUCACGUUCAAGGAGCCCAAGGCUGGUAAUGCGAAGCAUUUCCCUAUUUACUCUGGAUACGUCGUCGCUACCCCCUCUCGUGAGGAUUCCCCCGCUGUCCAUGUUUCUUACAUCGGUCUCAAGGGUUCCGUCAAGAAGGUCCCAAUCAUGGACAAGGACUCCGGCCUCCCUCUCCUUGCGGUCCGCAACGAGAAAGGUGAGCUGUCCGAAGUCUCUGGCAAGAAUUACGCCUUCAACUACAAGACGGCUGCCCCCACCGUCAUUGUCCGCUUCGCCUCCCACACCCCCAACUUCACCAUCCGCGUCCACCACCCCACAACCAAGGCGUUCCUUGGAUACAUGGUCUCGGGGCAAUCUGGUACUGCUCACUUCCCCACUGGCCGUAUGACCGACCUGGACAGCGAGGGCGAGCUAUCCCUCGCGGUUUUUGAUUGGCAUGGAAUGGUUCUUCCUAAAGAUGUUCCUGGUGAGAAGCCCGUCUUCCUGGCUCCCAGCACGUAUACCCUUAUUGUUGCCUCGCAGCAAAAGUUGACCAAGGGUGCUUACCCUGCCGACUUUGAGGUCUAUAACUUGGGCAAUGUCAUCAUCUCUGCUUAA